AUGUCAAAUGAACACUCUAUCCCCAUUGGGGUUGCAUACGAUGAUGCGGCUCACAUGCACGGCCAGCAGUCUUCCUCAGAAGAGCGUCAAAACGAUGUAAUGGAAUCAACGGAAAAGCACAUCGACGAAGACCGCCUUGAGGACAGCUUGUCGCCCAACACCGCGGUGGAGGAGCAGGAUGAGCUUUCAGAUGACUCUACCCCUCCCGUCCCACCAGUCCCACGACAGCUCUCAUCUCGCGCUUCUCGCUCACGGAUCCGGAGAGGCAUGCCUAAGAGCUACGACUCAGAUCCUCAGACGUAUGGUCAAGACCUGCCGCGGAUGACGUCCUCGAGGUCCAACCGCCCUCGCUUUCAAGACGAGAUGUAUGAGAGCGACCCACACUACGGCUCUGACCGCGCCUGGAGGGAGGAGAUUCGACAUCCAGAUUAUCAAGAUCGCCGAUACACGAACCGCGGCAAGCCGCCAAGGGCCUUCCUCAACAGCCAGAGCCCGGGAACGAAGCAGUGGGUGGAGGAGUCGAGGUCUUAUCACGAUCCCUUCUCACCCAUGCAGCCCCCAAGGAAGUUCUACACCUUUGACGAGGAGCAAGGAUACGGCGCUGGCUUUACCGCGCCUUACAACAAUCGCCAAACAUUUUCCACUGAUGACAGCCCUCGCAUCCAAUGGAACGCCCUCACGAAAGAGCAAAAGGCCGAGGUGCUUCGCUUGCCCUGGCUGCAGUGGAUGAACUCGGACUUCAAGAACCACUUUGUCGCCAGCCUGGGAGAGUUUGUAGGCACGACCAUGUUCCUUUUCUUCGCUUUUGCCGGCACCGAAGUCGCCAAUAUUCAGUCCAAUGCCAAUGGCUCAAGCAAUUCCUCUGACUCCAACACAACGACUGGUGCGUCGACCGGUUUCAAUGUCAACGUACUGUUGUAUAUUGCGUUGUCCUUCGGUUUUUCUCUCAUGGUAAACGUCUGGAUCUUCUUCCGCAUCAGUGGCGGCCUUUUCAACCCCGCUGUGACACUAGCACUGAUGCUCAUCCGGGCCAUCUCGGUCUUCCGGGCUAUCGCUCUAUUCAUCUCGCAGAUCCUUGGCGGAAUCAUGGCUUCGGUCCUCGUGCGGUUCCUGUUCCCCGAGAACUUCAACGUGCGGACCACUCUGGGCGGCGGAGCGAACAUCGCCCAAGGCAUCUUUAUCGAGGCGCUCCUCACAGCCGAGCUGGUCUUCACGAUCUACAUGCUUGCCGCAGAGAAGCAUAGGGCGACCUUCAUGGCACCCAUUGGCAUCGGCCUGGCUCUCUUCAUCGCCGAGAUGGUCGGUGUGCAGUUCACUGGCGGCUCCCUGAACCCGGCACGCAGCUUUGGUCCGUGUGUAGUCACGGCCACUUUUGAUGACGAGCACUGGAUCUACUGGCUCGGCCCAUUCAUAGGAGCGCUGAUCGCAUGGUUGUUCUACCGUUUCAUCAAGGCGCUUGAGUAUGAGAUGGUCAACCCUGGCGCAGAUGGCGACCCGCUCAACGAUCCCACGAAGAACCCUGAGAAGGCAGCUGAGAUCAAGAUCGCAAGGUCAAAGACCAGCAUGUCGAGCAUGAAGACGCCAUGA